AUGUUUCGAGCGAAUGUUGCUUCGCAGUUGCGCACUACGCUCCAUCGGUGACGGAUGUCCGUGUAUACGAUAGUGAUUUUAUAACACAAAUUGUGCAGUAUUGAAAUAAAAAUGGAAGGAAAACACGACAUGUUUACAAAAGUGUGUGACAGGAGGGACAUAGUGGAUUUUGUGAAGGAAGUGGAGAAAUAUCCGUGUUUAUACAACAAAACUUUGCCGGAAUAUGCAAAUAAAGUGCAUAAUCGACGAGCGUGGUCGAACAUCGCAAAGAAGGCGAAUACAUCAAUACCAGAUUGCCGCGACAAAUGGAGGAAGAUAAGGAUUUCUUUCAUGAGGUCUCUAAAGCAACAAGCUAGCGACAAACCUCCAAUGAGACCUUACUAUCUAACUGAAGAACUACAUUUUCUGUAUCCAUUCUUAAGUAUAAAGCCUAAGACCGACAAAUCGCCUAAAGAAAUCCUACCUGAAGAUUUGAGCGAAGAAAAAAUGGAGAUUGAAAACACAAUAACAGAAAAACAAGAUUUUUCUGACAGUGACACUUCAAACUACGAAGAAGAUUCAAAGGAACAGAAUGCAGAAAUCAGUAGAGUAUCUUUCAAUGACAACACAAUGCCAAACAUCACAAAAGUUAGAACAGAGAAUCCUGUGGAGACGAAGAAGUUCAAUGGAAACAAGAAUUAUAAUUAUAUCGAGGGGAAUCCCCGAAAAAUGUUCCUGCUCUCAAUGUUGCCAGACGUGGAGUCUUUGACUGAACCUGAAAUGAGAAUAUUUAGGCGUGAAGUAAUAUCGAUAAUAGAUAAAAUAAUACGUAGUCGUAGUAUACGAAAUUAAUU